AUGGCUUACCUAUGGACGUUGAUCAGGACGGGAGCUAUUCUGUUGACAGUGGUUGUUGAUUUCACAACAUGUGCCCCAGCCACUAACGACAUACCAUCUACCUCCUCAUUUAGGCGCGUAAGAGCUGUUGGUGCUGCAUCUCAGAAUUCCAUUACUUCCUCUACCUCCACAACUCCCUCCUUUCCUCAGGAUGCUCCUAGAACCACUAAGAAAUCCACAACGACAGUGCGUGUCACUAGAUCAACAUCUCGGCCCACCACACUUCCCAGCUCUGAUCCAGACUGCAUGCACAGGCCACAUCCAACGAAUCCAAGACUCUUUGAAAUCGCACGUACUCCCAAUCAAUUUGAAGGCGAAUACCAGACAUGUGCGUCGUCGCUAGUGUGGAACCAGGCCACUUGUGCUUGUGACUGGCCCACACAAGUUUCUUUGAAGGAUCCAAUCUGUGGUGAAUACCGUAAACAUCCUGAUUUAAAUCGACCCUGGAUGUAUCAAAGACUUGUCAACUCGGAUUGGAUUGACUACUCCUGUAGUGUGCAUAUACGGGGACUCUUUUCAGAAAAAACGUGCCAAUGCGAUUAUGGUCUGAAUAUAGAAAGUCAGACUACGAUACAAAUUCCGAAAACGGAUCCAGUACCAAAACAAAUAACCAAAUGUGUAGUUGUUGCCAACAUAACGAUGGACAGACGUGUCAAGGACGACAGUGGGGGUCAUUUGACAUUAUCCAGAAACGCGCACAUUCGGAUAACCAAUAGAGUUAAAGGGUCAAAGAAUGGAGCAGCGAUUAUACGGAGAUCACCGAUCCAAGUGGAGUCGUUCUAUGCAAACGACCUUACAGACACUGUGCGAUUUGCAUUCAACUUUAAGGUGCACAGAUUCAGCAUAAAUUCGAGGCGUCACAUGGUACUGAUGAGCAAUGGCUGCUGGUCAACGUCUACAUCGAUGAGGUACAAGAUAAGACCUUCGGUGGAGAUCCGCUUCAGACCUUUUGACCAGACAUUUGGGAUUUCAUUUGAAACAUUUGGAAACCGCAUUAUUAAAAAUAUCAGAGGAAAUAGAGACAGGGAUGGUUGGUACAAAGUCGUGUUAUACCUACAAGAUAACACACUUACAUUAAUAGUCAACAACAGGAAAGUCUUCACAAGAUCAGGAAUGAACGGUUCAUUGCGCAAACGUGACUGCAAAUUAACGAUUGCCGGUUCCCCUUACCGAGCGAUGGACCAUUUCGAUGGCUAUUUUGAUGAGUUUCUCAGUGUUAAACAAUGCAAGUGUGACUGCAUGAACAGCCCUUCGAAAAAUUUGCCGAAUUGA